CUUAUGCACCUGCGACUUAUUAGGAUAGAUUUUUUUUCCCAGUUUUUCUUUAUUCUUAUUUCAUAUUUUUGCACCUGCAUUGGAAAACAUUCGAGACCAGAAAAGAACAUGUAUUGAGUGUUUCACAGAAGAUUUGAUUGAGACUGAAAUCACUGAAGAUGACGAUAGACGUGAAAGGAUUGGUUCGCGAGUAUAUCCUCAUUAUUGUCCUUUACUGUAUCGAUUUGGGUACAGAAUUUGCAUGUUAUUCUGAAAUACAGAAUUCUCGUUCUCGCUACGAGAGCCAUUUGUCUAAAAGUGCGGUUUACUUGUUCAACAGGACAACUAAGUUUGGAGUAUGUCAAUCAGGAGAAUGGGAUAGAGAAGAAUUUCAACUCAAAGUUGAUGUUUACGGACGAGUCGUUGCGGCUUAUCUCUUCUUUCUCGUCAUCUCUGGCUUCAUAUUUAUUUGUUACUGUGCUGCGUAUUUCUGGUUUGUUCUUCGGGCCUGGCAUCGUGCGACGUACGUUGAAGACAACCGCGAUCAAAUCGUUCGAGUGAAAUUUGCUUUUGGCUUCCUGCUCAGUUUUGUUCUUGAUAUUCCAGGCUCUUGUAUUGCUGUUGUGUUAUAUUCAAUGCGUUACGGAGAGCGCGGCUUACACUGUUGGGAUUGUGCCCAAGAUCCGACAGGUUGUUUUAAGAAGCAGGAGCUCGAACAUCGUAUCUACAUGUCUCAAGUGGUAAUUGUGGUGAUGCUUUUUGGAUUAGUCGCUGUUUCUUUGUGGAAGGGAAUAACAACAUUUUACAGAUGGUCGAAAACAGAUAAAGUCGAUUGCUGGCAGAUACGUGGCUGUGUAGCGCUCUUUGUUGGAACAUACUAUGUCGUGAUCAUACUCACGCCCGCACUUGGUGUAUUCAAGUACAAGUUCUUCAUGCUACCUUCACAAAAAGAAAAUGUUUUCGCCAAUAUCACUGAUAGUUUGUUCAUGAUAGGAAUGCUUGGCUGGGUAAUCUUUCUCGUUGUUGGUUGUUGUUUCCCGAUUCUCAGGUGUAUCCGAAUCGGUUCGCCAGCGAAUUUGUUAAAUUCAAAGAAAACAUAUCAAAAUGUAUAAAAACAAUGAAAUGCAACGCGAAAAAGGUUUGCCAGCAUAAAGAUACAUUCACAGAGCUAAACAGCGUUAUUGGAAACGAAUGCAAUGUCUUAAGUAAACUUUAGAAUUAACUAAUUUAAGUAAGGGUAUCAUAUCAUUGUAUGAUCACUUCAAUAAUAUAUUUAUUUUUACAUAUUAUUAAUAUAUAAUAAUUAUUACUACCCUGAUGUCAAAAUUAACGAUUUUAGGAGGAACAUUUUAAAUGUAUUUUUGACGAGUGAGGAGAAAAUAUACAAAGAACAAGUUCCCUUUA